AUGCAUUUCCAGCAGCAUAUUCCUACCCAGCAGCAGCAGCAACAGCAGCAGCAGCAGCCGAUGCUGUCGCAAGUGCCUCCGGGCUACACUAACCCAUCCUCGCCGUUCACCAUGCCCAUGAACUAUAUGGGGCAGGACUUUUCUAAUUUUGGAGCCUCGCCGCACAAUACCGCCAGCUAUAACGCCAGCAGCUAUCAACAGCAGCUCUGGAUGAUGCCGUCACGUAUACCUUCAGGCUACGCUGAUCAGUUUGGGCUCGACACGGCGCCAGGAAACUACAUCCAGCCGAUUUCUCGCGGUUUCGACAUGUCUCCGUACACCAGGUCCGCAUAUGAUGCAGCGCGUCUCCAGCAGCAACAGGCUGCGACGAUGCUGCGAGGGCAUCCAGGAUACCCUAACGGGUACGCCCCGGUCACUCCGCCUGGACAACAGCAGCGACACCUGAUCACGCCGCGGACGUCCUUGGGAUACACUAUGGCGCCAGUGGGUCAACAGCUGCCCAGCCCUUUGACUGCCUCCCCGGCCCCUCUUCAGGGUCUCAAGCGUGCUGCAUUUGACGGGUCCAGCAUGCCACCAGCCAAGCGACAGGCAACUAUCGACCACAAUGUGGUACACCAGUCGUCUGUCAACCAGAUUGCCUCCCUGGCCGCUGAAGCCAAACGCAUUGCACAAGCGAAAGUCGCAGCGCAGCAUCACGCCGAGCGCGUGAAGCGAGAAGCCGCUGACGCUGAAAAGCGCCGUCAAGCCCAGCUUCUCGAAGCCGAGAAGAGGAGGGCGGAAGAGAAACUCCGAGCUGAAACUCUCGCCAAAGCUGAGGCAGAGAGACAAGAGGAAUUGGAGCGGCGAGAAGCCGAGUUUCAAGCUGAGCAAGCCCGCCUCAAGGCCGAGCACGAGCAGGCUCAGCAAGCGCUAGUCGAGGCUGCGGCACAAAAGGCUCGCGACGACCUGGCCGCCGAGGAAAUGCGCGUCGCCAAAGAAGAGCGUGAGCGUUGGAACGCCCGAGCCAAAGAGCUUCGCAGCGACCCCACCGCCAACUUCCACAGCUACCAGGAGUUGCUCGAGUACUUCCCCCUGCCUGAGGGUCAGCCGAAACAUCCAUACUUGAUAAGUCUGCUCGCUAAUCGCCGCCUGAUGAACUCGAAGCCUGGAGAUGAUGCGUACGAGGUCAUCAUGUUCGCUAAAGAACACUGGUACGACUAUCUCACGCACAAGGACUUCAAUGCAACGCUUGCGCGCAUCAAGAAGAAGAAGGAAGAGAGGGCCGCCGUUUGA